UAAAAUCUAAUUUCUCUCGAUUCUUCAACAGAAACCUUACUCCCAAGUCGGCUAACCCUAGUCCCUAGAUUCGCAAUUCAAUUUCUGUUCGUUCGUGAUCGCUUGGUUGUGAUUCACUGAGAGAGAAAUGGUUUCAACUGAUUUGGUUGAGAAACGGAGAAAGCAAUGCUACAAGAGAAAAGUGGCAGGGUUUUUGAAGGAGAUGGAGGAGUUGACCAUUCUGUGCGGUAUUGAGGCCUGCGCAAUUAUCCAAGGCCCAGGUGAUACCGAACCUAUAAUGUGGCCAUCUCCUGAGGUAGCUGAACAAAUACUGGAAAGGCUUCUAGCACAUGAAGAGGCUAAAAAUGCUCGUCUGUUGGAGGAGACAAAAAGAUUGGAAGAUGAACUUUUCAAGCUGAAUGACAAAGAAAAGUCAAUUUUGACUGAUCAAAUCAAUGAUGAUUGUAAGCCUUUAUCUUUAUCUGAAUUUCAAGAGCUAAACCGUUUAUUUUGUAUUGGAAAGGAAAGGCUGGAAGCUGCUCUUGAGAAGAAAAUCGGCCGAUCUGAAGAGGCAUUGCCUCAAGAUCCUCCUCCACCACCGAUAACUUCUCCUUUACAGAAUGGGAUAGAUUCUGGGGCAAACGUAGAUGGAAAAGUUUCGGAUGGACGCUUAUUCUUAAGUCUAUUGAAGCGAUUUGAUCGGAUGUGUAAAGGUUCCGAUAACAAUACAGGUACUAGUAGCAGCACCGUGUUUACUCAAGGCAACAUGGGAGGUCUCAACAGUACAACUGAUUCAGGGGGGUUUCUUCUGAUUGAUGGAAAUGACUCAGGCUCUGUGGCGCUUCCUCCAGGAAAUGUCGGUAGCAGCGGCGAAGGAGGUAACAUUUAAGUGCCUAUCGCACUUUCCUUGAAGUGAUUGGUGAGUUUUAUCAAAACAUGGUUUGAAUAAAUUGGUUUGAUGAGUAUUUUCAAGACUUAUUUCUUGGUUUUAUGUUAGACAUUUGCAUGCUUUUAUUUUCUCAGUAACUAUGAGUUUGAGUAAUAUCUGGUUGUGAUUGAAUAUUUUGUUGAAGUGAUUAAGGAAGAUUAUGAACUUAAUUUUGGUUGGUUUUGAGUUGAGUGUGGGUUUUAUUGGCAUUAUAUAUAAAUCCUUGUGUGCAGUGAGUAAUGUACAUUCAACACAACAAGUUUGAAUUGCUGAACUAUAUAGAUACGAAAUAAAUAUUGUAUGUGUUUGUUGCAUGAAUGAAUGAGAGAGGAUAAAGUAUAAUAAAACCCUAAUUUGUAUAAAUCAAAUUAAGCAGUGUU